AUGAAUACUCCAAGCAGAAAGAAUACUCAAAAUAAAACCAAUGAUGAAUCUUUGUUAGGUUCUUACUACAGACUAAAGUCUUAUAAAAAGCUUGCUAACAAUACAAAGAAGAAGACCACAAUAACUGGAGAUGUUUGUAACCAGAAUUCAGAUGAAAACGCAAUUUAUACAACCCCGAUUAGGAGCUCUCGGAGAAUAGAUUCUCGCAAGAACUAUGAAAGGAAAGAGUCAAGUUUUUUGGAUCAUUCUCCAGAUACUAAGAAUGAAAAGAUUUUAAUUACCCCUAACCCAUAUAUUAGGGAUGAUAUUGUUGAGGAGUUACUGAAUGAUAUGCUUUUGAAAUACAAGGACAAAAUUCAGGUAAUUAGUUUUAAUAAGCAACAACCUCAAAUACUUGAAGAUAGUAUUAAAGGCGAAAUUGAAGAUUUAGAUACUGAAUUUAACUCAAAGCUACAAAUUAAUGAUUCUUUUUCUAAAACAAUGGUUCAUGAAAACGAAAAUUUAGCAAAUCAGGGAGAAAUUAAAUUUAAAGAUGAAGACGAGGAAAAAAGUGAAGCGGAGGAUAGAAAACUUGAGACAGGCUCACCAAAACUAACUGAGAGAAAGAAGUACUUUAUAUGUAGAAAUAAGCCAAGAAAGCUUAUUGGGGGAGGUACAGGAGCUGGAUCAAUUUUACAGAACACUGUAGGCAAAUAUGAAGUUAUUGCAGAAAACGAAUAUUGGAUGGUUGUUGAGUUCCCAAAGAACAGUAGUCUUUAUAGGAAACAUAAAUGCUCACGCGUUCUUACCCAAAAGAGAAUAUUUGGUAACCCUGUUAAUUGCCCGGUAAUCCGUUCUAUUGAUGAGUACAAGACUUUACAUUCGGAAAUAAAACAAUUACUAGAACUCAGCAAUUACUGUUACUCCCCCGACUUGUUUUAA